CGCCUAUCGCCUGCCGCCUCAUUGUGCGCUAGCAGCAACGGGCGUCCGCGGCGCGGCGGCGGGGCGCGGCGCGGCGAGCCAUGAACGUGGGAGAUGGAUUAAAGCUUGAAACUGAAAUACUAGAUGGAAAGCCGAGGCUUAUUUUGGCUUCAUACGUGGGUAAAUCAAAGUCCACAGUAAAGAUGGGUAAUAAAGUCAAACUUCCCAAACAUGCAUUGAAAAUAAAACAGGCUGGACAUGUUCUGAAAUCAACACAAAACACUUGUGCCAAACAUGAACAUUUUUCAGUUAAACCCAGAAGUGAAUCAAGAUUGUCAACAAUAAAAGGGGAAAAUACCCAUGUGACUUUAUUAUCAACUCAAGAUUCAAAGGAGAUCUCAACUAGAAAACAUACUUUGAUUGUUCCAAAAGAUAAUACAAAUGGAAAGUCCAAUUUGCAUAACCCAAAAAUUGCAGUUAAAAGGCCCAAACAAAAGAUUCAAAAACCUCAUAUCUCAGCUGAAGACCUGAGGAACAGUUUGGUAUGUUUAACUCAAGAACAACUUGAACAAAUUUUGAUGACUGUAAAAGAAGGAGCCAAAACUGUCUCCCAAGUCCAGGAUGAAAAGCAAGAAACAGACCAAGCUGAAAACUCUGCUAUUACUGCUAUUGCUGCUAAUCAGAUAGAGGAAGAAAAUAUUAUGGGAUUACUCCAGAAAGCUGCUGAAGUUUCAUCUGCCCCACAUGAAAGUAAUUCUGAUUCAAGCACGAAACAAGCAGCAUCUCAGCAGGAUGAACAUAAAAUUAUUAUCAAGAACACAUGGAAACCUGCUGACAUGUUUAGUACUCUGGGUGAAAGAGAAGGAGAUAAAACCUUAUUAGAAGCAAAGAGGGCCCAGUGGAAGAAGGAACUAGAUGAGCAGGUAGCUUUAAAGAAGAAACUAAAAGAAACUUCAGAGGUAGAGACAAAAUGCUAUUUUCGGGGGAAACCUGGUAUUGAUAAAACUCAUUUGGAGAAUUUACAAACAGCCUAUCAAGCUCAGAUUAUCUUCCCAACUGACUUGAAUAUUACUGCUGAAGAAAAUCACAUUUUUAGAACCACUUUAACUGCAGAGACUAGUGAAGUUGCACCUAGCAUUUCAUACGGUCCAACUGGGCACUCUUCUAGUUUCAGUUCUCCUGACUUGCCAGCUGCCAUUCGUACAGCAUUUGUAUUAGGGGAAACUACACCAGUAGAAGACCCUAUUAGUACUGUGAAAUGUGAACAACAGAAGAAGUGGCUUGAAGAGCUGGACAAACAAAAGGAAGAAGCUAAAUUGCGAAAAAUAGAGGAGAAACAUAAUUUGUCAAAGGCUGAAGAGCAUGACAGAUGGGCAAUGCAUUUUGAUUCUUUAAAGAACCACCUUAGUGCUAAUCAACAACACCCCUUAAAUGGAACAUACAAAAAGCAGCCUGAAAUUCUUUGUCUGUCCCCCGACCCUAAGGAGCUGACUGCUUUUAUUCAUCCUUUUUCACCUGCAGCUUUAGGCCAUACCCUGUCUUCAAAGGUGGAUAAUGUAGGGAAAACUAUUGAAAACAGUGCUUUGGAACAAAGUCAGAAAGCCAAUUUCCUUCGUUCAAUGACUGCUCUUUUAGAUCCUGCACAAAUUGAGGAAAGAGACAGGCGGCGGCAGAAACAGUUGGAACAUCAGAAAGCUAUAAUGGCUCAAGUGGAGGAAAAACGAAGGAAGAAGCAACUGGAGGAAGAGCAGAGAAAAUGGGAAGAACAAGAAGAAGAACGCCGUCUAGCACGAGAACGAGAACUCAUGCAAAAGCAGUUUGAAGAAGAUAUGCUCAAACAAAAAGAAAAGGAUGAAAUCAUGACUCUUAAAACAAAUAAACUGUAUCAGACAAUGCAGAGAGCUCAAGAACUGGCACAGAGACUGAAACAGGAACAGCGUAUUCGACACUUGGCUCAGAAAGGACAUGAUAUUUCAAAACUGCAGAAGAACCUUGCAGGAGGUGAUUCAGUAUGCGUGAAUUAUAAAACUGACCUUUCAAAUUUCAGUCAUGAUAAUUUCUCUGAAGACUUUAGUUCUAAGAUGGAUCAGAAUGUAAAAGAAACCUCCCCUAGGAGAGACACUGCUGUGCAGACAGAUGACUUCAACUCCAGAGCAUAUAUCAAUUCUGAAUCACGCAUUGAGCCAGAUGUAGAAAGGAGAAAUGUGGAUGGUACAUCUCCAGAUAUUUCCGUAGAAUACAAAGAGAAAUUUAAUAGCAAGAAGUGCCAAAAAGGAAUGCAGUGCCCAGAUAAAAAGAAAAUUUCAGAAAAAGAGAAUAAUGGCACUUAUUAUAGUGCUCAAUAUGACCAAUUUGCAAGACAAGAAAAACAAACAAAACCUAUGGGAAAAUAUGGAAAGAGACCUGACUGGAAUAUAAACAAACCUGGAAAAAGAUAUAUUCCAGCCUCAGAGAGAUAUCCUCAACGGCUACAAAGACAAAGGGAAGAAAAGAAAGUAAGACGACAAAUGGAGCUGCUUCAGUUGGUAGAAAGGAAUACCCCAGGUAAUCUCUGUAUAAAGAAAGGUCCUUCCCCAGAGAGGUCUCCUUCACCUCACCAGAAAACUGACAUGAAGAGCAAGGGACAUACAGUCGGAAAGGAAGAACCAUCUCCAAACAUUCAUGAAGAAAGAUGUGAAUCACCGCCGGUACCAGCAGUUAAAAAUAGAUUAUACCAAAUACAACAAAAACAGAUGAAUGCUUCUAAUUUCCCAGUCCAUAAUGGCAAUAUCGGAAGAGAGAAAAAUACCAAUGCAGAUAUGCAACAGAGGAAAUCAUCUCCAGUUACUGAACCUGAAAGGCCCCCUUCUUCUCAUUUUAUUCCUUAUGUUCGAACAAAUGAAGUAUAUUACCUUGAUCCAGAUGCACCAAUGACUAGACCUUCAACACAUGAUCCACAGUAUCGACAGUUUAAUGAUUCUUACCAUACACCACGACAGAUUUUUAGCUCUGAUCACGUGAGAGAUCCACUUCUUAAUCCUGAAGUUGUGAAAAACAAAGACCGGCAACAGGCAAUCCUCAAAGGACUGUCAGAAUUACGCCAGGGAGGCUUCAGGAUGCUGCCGAGCGGUGUCGCUAGCAAGUCUCAAUUGUAAAUAUCCGCCGUUGUGAUCACGUUGUGCUCGUGCCGUAUCAUGACUACCGCUGAAUAUCUUGCCCAUCCUGCAACUAUGGCUAAGUAUAACUCUCAGAUAACUGGCAUAUUUGAUUAACAGAGUUUUUACUAUACUGAGUUUAUUUUAGUGAAAAGUCUGUAAGCAUAAUGAAGGUAACACACACUGCACAAAAGGAAGGCAUUAAUUGCUAGACUGUGUACUUAACACAUUCCUGUGGAUAGGGCAAAAAGCUGCACAGAGUAAGACAUGCCAUACAUCUAGAUAGUAAGAUAGAAAUUUGUUACUUUACCUGUUAACAAUUAGAUAAUAGCAGAAUGUGGUUCAAAGCAAAUUGAGAAAACAGGUUUGACUGCUGACUUCUAAUGCUUCCCUGCUAAAUAACAUGGUAUUUGAGUGGGUGAAGGGUUGGAGGAACAGAUGGGGCAGCAGAAAAGUAAAAAAUACAUCAGUGUGCAUUUGAAAGAAUGCUAUUAAAAUACCUACCUAGCUCACGUUCUUUCCCUGCAAGUUGGCUUGUCUGUCACACUUUAAAUUAUUAAAUGAAGGGGUGGGGGGAAAGCUUCGACUAACUACACCUCCUACAAAGUCUGUUAGUCAAACUGGAAAAAGAAAACAAUGUAUCACUUGUUCCUCUUUUAUGUAUUUAUUUCCUGAGCUUAUUUAAAGUGCAACCAACAAACAGUAAAGAACCAGGACAGGUGUCUGCUUAGUUGUAGAGUUUUUUCCCCCAAAAAAGUAAAUUCAGGAAUUCAGCUGUGUGAGAAGGAGACACAACUUACUAAAUCUGGCGAAUUGUUGGGUUUUUUUUCAAUGGUGGAGAUUUAAAAGAAAUGUCAGACACUGUUUUGACAUAUCCAAAGCUAGCUUGAGUUUUUGCUUUGCUAAGGUAUAUUUAGUUUUAAAUUGACCUGCGUUUUAAAAAUAAAAUUAAAGAACCCUCCCAAAAAAAGAGACAUUUAUUAGCCCUGAAAUAAGUGUUAUGAUUUUUUUCAGUUAUUUUGUUUCACUGAUAAAAAUGUUACUUUUAUAGUUCACUUGGAGCCAAACUCUUGAUUUGGGAAUGGGGAAGGAAGAGGUUGGUUCAGCCACUGACCCAAAACAGUCCAUUAAAUGUUUUCACAGCUGUAUUAAGAAACCAGACUGCCUUUACUAUUCAUCUUACAUUCCCUACAGUAUGUGGGUGCACGCGCACAUGUACAUGGCCUUACUAUUUCAGAACUUAAACUAUUUAAAGAUAGUCUUUGAAAAAAACAAAACCUAGCCUUUUGCUUCCUUCCCAUUAGUACUUGCACCAUCCCAGUUCUACUGUUUGAAAAGGCCAGUUUUCUAGAUGUUACCUGGCCAGAAAUAGAGUUCUGGAGUAUUAAGGCGCAUGGUUGACAGCUGAGAGGUCACAAGUUUGAGGCCAUAGCAGAAUUGCUCACAGUGCAACACUGUCAAAUUCCAACAAAUCUGUGAGUUCUACUAAAUAUCUUGUCACAAGGACACAAAAAAAGAAAGGAACGGUAGAGUUAUCUUUUUCCUCAUCUACUGGCAAGUUAUUUUCAGGUUGCAUUUAAUGGUAUUCUACUAUAAAAAAAUGCAUCCAUCCCAGUAAAGCACUAGAUGGUAGCUUUACAAGUAGAUCUCUGCUCUUGGAAGCUGCUUGUGUUAAUGUCUUAAUGAAAACUAUACACUAACAUAGUGCUGUUUAGGACAACAAGGAUUUACAAUAGCUACAAGCAGUCUGUCUUUUUCUAAGGCAGCUACAAGAUGACACUGCCAUUUUUAAAACCAGUUCCACGUCCCUCUCUAAGCAUAAGAACCAAGGGCAGACUAUGUUUCAAAGUAACUACAAAUAGUAAACAUAGCCUGUAAUCUCUUGUUCCUGUGGAGAUGUACUCCUGCAUGUACAUAUUUGGUACAGUGUCCCUAUUUAGGCAAGGGUGGAAGUGCUCCUUCUCAUCCCAUUCUAAGAUAAUCACAAGUAGUUAACUAUAAAUAUGAGUGCCUGGCUGAGAAAUGUAGUAUGACCUGUAGGGGAAGACACGGGGUUUAUCAUUAACUUUCCACACAGCUGGAUAUGUUAAAUCUUCCCGCCCCAAAUAGGCACGUGGGGUUCUUUCUGAACUGAAUGAAACACUUGCCAAGCAUCCCUGUUUUAAAUUGUAGACUGUUUUGCAAAGUGGUGCUCAGUUUGUUGAUUAAAGAUGGGAAUGGAUGAAGAUUGUAGAGACAGCCAAGAACUUGCAGUGCUAAACUGCUAUUUAUAGUAGGUGAUUGAAGGCUUCUUUUGUUCCAACAUAUCCUGAUUUUCUUCCUUGCUGAGUUUACUGAAGAGCUUGUGUUAAGUGUUUUUAAAGAGCUGUUGUCAGUGACUACAACCUUCCUAUAGGAGUGGGGACUAGGGUUAGCAAUUUGGGGAAAGAAUAUUGUUUUUGUGAGGCUUUUGUUUCAACAAAGAACAUGUUUAAAGCUUUUGGAGCCCUCUCUUCAGGUCAACUACUUGGAUGCUGUCAGCACAUUUAAUUGGUUGCUACAGGUCUCUCUUGCUAUGGCCAUUGCUUGUCUCAUGCAAGUUACAGCACAGAAAGCACAGCCCAGCUAUGAAGAUGAAGAGGAAGAGGAGGGUUGUUGGGUUUAAACAUCUCCAAGAUGCCUUUUGUUUCUCAGAACUUGAGGUCUUUCUGGGGUUGGUGUAACUUGCCUACAAGGUUCAGGCAUGACCAGACACUGCAGUGUUUGGCAGCUCUGCCUUUGGGCUUUUCCACAGCUAGAACUGACUGCUGAAGUACAGAAGACCUUAGCUGUUUAACACGUUCCACUCCUGUGCUGAGCUCAGCUCUAAGCUUCCGUCAGCAAAGCAGCUUUUAAAUAAGACUGCAUAUGCUACUCUGCACAGCCUUUGUCCUGGAGGCCAGAGUAGAGGUGUAACCAUUAAAAGACCUACACGGGUUAAAAUCUCUCAUCUAUUUAUUUAUGUUACUACUUGUAUAGGGAGGCAAGCCUCCUCCAUUUAAAUCAUUUUUUUGAAAAGCAGUGGAGUUAAAACUGGCUGCCCAGCACAGCUAUUGGACAUUACUCUCUUCCUCAGCCAGGAUAUGUUGCAGAAUUCUUUAUUCCCAGUUUUCUAAUGCAUACAUGGUGCCAGCAGAGAAUAACUUAAAAAUCUUUCAGCUGAAAGUAUAGGUUGAUCAUAUGGCCUGCAUCUCUAGGUUUCAACUUCAAAAUGAUGGACACAGAAUUUUGUUUGAAGUAUUCAGGUUUAUUUUAUUAUAAAUCCUAAGUUGCAUACUACAAACACUUGUGUUAGAAUAAGCGGACCUUUCCAUACAUAAUUAUGUAUACCCCCGCUCCAGUUCAGUGCACAGGACAGACAGUGAAUACGUUAAGAGUGGCAAAAUGAGAAAAAGGAAAUCUUUUCUUGUAAAAGUCCCCAUUCUGAAAGGCAGGAAUGUUUGUGUUUUGUUUUUUUAAACUGGUUUAGAACAGCUGUUUUUUAAAGGAAUAUGAUAAGUGAUCAGUCACCACUUGUCUUGUAGAGGGAGAAGGGCACUCAAGUGUAUAUUUACAUUCUUUCAGGGACUUCUACAGAAGCAGAAGGAGCUGGAGACUCGUCUGAUUCCAGCCAUAACUCAAGAAGAAAGCUUUCUGUCGCCAUUUUAAAAAGGUACAAG